UUUAAGGAAUUAAAAAAAUCUGACUGUGAUUUUCUGUCACAAACCAAACAUCGUAAACUGAUAUUGGAGCGCCCCCUACCGUCCCGGUCAGUGAAUAUAUACUGGGAUCAUUAGGUUGGUUCUCGGUCGUACAUAACCACGCAGUGUCAUGUGACGGUCGGGGGUGUAAUUGUCACUCUGGCGCAUGCGUGGUGAGUCCACUAGAAGAGGGGCGUGGCGUUGGAUGUCCGGGGAGGAUGAAGUUAAUCGAGCUGCCAAUCAUCGGGCUCCCUCACCGAGUGGGUGUGGCCUCCUGUGUACUCGGCCGCUAUUGGACACCGGACACUACGGGCUGUUCCGGGUUAGGAGGAAGAAGCUGACGUGCUGCACGUCCGGGUGUUACCAGGUGACAGCGGCGCCGGUGCAGCCUCCCGCUCCAUGGCGCAAUGACAGGUGCUCUGAGCGGCAGUAGAAGCCGAGCUCCCGGUCACGGUUUAUUCUUCGUUCUCUGUGGUGCCGCAUAGGGGUUCCCGCUGGCCGGGUUGAAGGCAGCCAUCCCUGCAUACAGCUGCAGGAUUAUGGGCUCUGAGAGCAGCUCCAUGAGGGGAUUCACUCUGCAGGACCCGCCAUGGACUCACCCCUCCGGGCUCACCAUCCACCCGGCUCAGCUGCAGGAGGGGCGCCCGGCCUCGGUGUUCGUGUAUCAGCCGGACAACCAGGAGAAGGUGGACAAGGCGGCGAAGCAUCUGAAAACCUUACGUCACCCGUGUCUUCUGCGUUUUCUGUCAUGUUCUGUGGAGGAGGAUGGGAUCUACCUUGUGACAGAACGGGUGCAGCCCUUGGAGAUGCUCCUCCAGAAGCUUUCAGCUGAUGAAAUCUGUGCUGGCAUCUAUGAUAUUCUCCAAGCUCUGGUUUUCCUGCAUGAAAGGGGAAAGGUUUCCCAUAACAACAUUUGCCUGUCAUCCCUGUUUGUAAGUGAAGAUGGACACUGGAAACUGGGUGGAAUGGAAAUGGUCUGUAAGCUGACAGAGGUGACACCGGAGUCUGCAGAGUUUGGCAUUUUGCCAGUAUCUUUAAGCCAUGCUCGUGAUGCUUUCUUGUUUGGACGGUUGGUAGAAAGUCUUCUGGCACAUGUUAAAGAUCAGUCUGAAGUGCUCUCUAGCUUCAAGAUCACUGUAAAGAACUUACUUCUGAAUCCCGAACCAGAGCUCCGACCCGCCCUGUCAACAUUACUGAACCAUAACUUCUUUAGAAAUGAUUUUCUUGAAGUUGUCAACUUCUUAGAAAGUUUAACUGUGAAAACCGAAGAUGAGAAGAAUGAGUUUUUCAAGACUUUGUUGGACAGAGUAUCUUCCUUGCCCGAAGAGCUUAUAUCCUCAAGGCUGGUUCCUCUUCUUCUCAACCAGUUUGUAUUUGCUGAGCCUAUGGCUACAAAAAGCUUCUUGCCUCAUCUUCUCAGACCUAAAAGAGAUAUUAUGGGAAGAAACCGUGAAGAUUGCCUUCUGUCCCCACCUCUCUUCCAGACCAAAGUCAUCCCAGUAUUGAUGAAAAUGUUCGAAGUACAUGAAGAGCAUGUUCGGGUGGUUUUGUUGACCCACAUAGAUGCAUAUGGAGAGCUCUUCACGUUAAAAGAGCUGAAAGACAUUAUACUUCCACAAGUGCUCCUGGGUUUACGUGACACAAGUGAUUUACUAGUGUCUGUAACCCUUCGUGGCCUGGCAGCUUUGGUGUGCUUACUUGGACCAGAAACGGUGGUUGGUGGUGGAAGGGUUAAGAUUUUUAAAAGUAUGACCCCGGGAUUUACAAAAAUUACAGAUACAACUCCUGAUGGAUCUCCGGUACACUCUGCCAAUAACCAUCUCAGCCUGACGACACAGAACAGCUUAUGCACUGUACUCCCGAAGAGCAACUUCCCAGAAGUAAAUCAGAAUUGUUUGGCUAAUGUGGAAUUGCAUACACAGGAUUCUUUGAAGGAUUUCAGAAGGAUGGAUUUUCCCACCAAAAGUUUUAAGGAAUAUAAUUUGUCGCACUCAAUGACUGAUGUUCCUGUGGUCAAAACAACUAUCUCCCCUAAAUCUGAACAAAUACAGCAAUUGCCAGAAGACUGGCCAGACUGGAACGAAUCAGAUGGUUUCACAAGUGACAAUUUUGUCAAUAUGGUGCAAAAGACAGAAGAGGUGGGUGAUCCUCCAGAUACUGAGCAGUGGGAUGACUUUAAUGUGCCUGAUCGUCCGAAACCUGAAGCUGCCCAUGUCUCCAAUGAAGAAAAUGUGAAUUUAGAAGAAAAAAGACUUUCCGGUUUGAACUCUGUUCCCAGUUCGGAUAAGACUUCUCUCAGUUACAACCAGUCACCAUCAGUAUUAACAUUAACAAAACCUGCACAGGAUAAAGUCUCUGAUAAGAAACUGGAGUCGUGGAAUAUUUUGGGGGACGAAUUCACAAUAAAGGUCAAGAGCAAAACCAGAGACCCCGAGUUGGAUUUUUUUGCUGAUAUGGCACCAGAAAUCAAAAUGUCUACUGCUUUUUCUUCUCUUGGAUACAAUGAAGACACUGUAAAUAACACGGAGCCCAAUGUACAGCCAAAUAGUAAACAAGAUAAUACAUUUUCAUCCAUAUUUGCUGCUGCUGAAGUGGGAGAGACAGAAGCAGAAGGCUGGGAUGAAGAGAACGAUUUUGGUUGGGAAGAAGAUGCUACCAAGUGGUGACAGUCUAGAGAUUCUCAUCCAAUACUAUUUAUUAUGAAGGUGGACGUUGGCACCGGGCAUUGUGUGUUGACCACACUUGUCUUGAUAGGCUCCUUGUCGGACCAUGGCAUUAACUCUACUGAAUUGGUUCAUGCCAUUGAUUUCUCUUGGUUUUGAAGAAGUGGAUAUUAUCUGAAGUUACAGAUUUUCUACAUUGGAUGUUUUAAGCAAUGAAAUAUAAUAAUUUUACUGAAUUGUUAAAUUUUUUUCCCUUAAAAAUCUUAUGCUGCUUGUUGUGCAAAUGGAUGCCUACCUAAUUCUGUUUUUCAUCAGCCACGUGCGUUUUCGCAUACAUUUUAAAAGCCAUAGUUUCCUAUGAUGUUUAUGUUUUAAUAUAAUACUUGAAAGUAGAGCAAUUGAAAUGACCGUUGACUAUUAUGACACUGUACUUAUUGCAGAUAAAUGAUAAAAUAAUU